GAAGGCGGCGGGGGUGUCAUCUUGGGAGAAUAGAGAAAGAGGUGGGUUUUAUGGAGCUGAGAAGGCGUUGGAGUGCGUCUUGACCCAGCCUGACUCCUGUUUGCCAGAAAUCUUCCAUGAUCUUCAGCCCGUACCACCUACUGGCUUCCACAAAACUCUUCGGAGUUGGUCAUCUCUCAGGAUGCUAGAUCCCAGUAAGGACUCGGGCUUACUGAAGAGGAAACUUUGCAUCGAGAGAAAUGGGAACAGCCAGGAGAAAGGAAUGACAUCUGAUAUCUCCAUUACCCACAUUUUUGGACAGUGUAUGCUUCUGCCAAAGAGAUCAAUUAUGGUGCUUACACAAAAUGAACAAACAAAACAAAAGGCACGGAAAAGUCAACUCCAUAUGAAAUACAGGAGGAAGAUUAUACAUACCCCACUGCUCUCUGUCUGUGUUUCAAGGUUUCCUGACUCAGUUCCAAAGAUCCCUCUCCUUCCUCCUUUGUUUCCAUCUCAACCACCUGUGCCCCUCGAUUCUGCAAAGUUGAGUUAUCAGCUGACUAUUUCAGACACUGCACAGGAGAACAGGAUCACAGAUGGGAACCAGGAUCUCAGGGACAGGUACCAGGAACAGGAACCAGACCUCAAGAACUUUGGUGACAGGAUGUCUGAGAUGACCACUGCCAUCCAUGUCCACACUGCUCUUCUCAGAAGGACGCUAACCAUAUUCCAGUGGGAGAGGCAAGCUUCACCAAGUCUCAGGGGUCACUGCGUGUGUCAAGGCUGGGAAAGGCCUCAAACUGAAGAUUUUAGUGAGGAAUUUGAAAGCAUUUCUGUCCCAUUGAAAUAGAAUAAUGUAAUGAGGUUGCUUGCUGGCCUUCUCUUCCUGUUAGAAGGAGAUUAAUACAGAAGCUGCCUCCUCCAGUCUUGCUAAUAAAUAUUCACUGAGCCAUUCUACAGAGAGAUUUGAUCCUGAUUCUGGAGACAUGCAUGCAGCUUGACUGUGAACCCUGGGGAUUGAGAUCAGCAGAAGUGCUUUUGCCUUUCUCCACAAAUCUGAGAAGCACAUGACAGGAGAAUUAAUCUUAAAAAGUGCUGAGUCCUUAUUGAAAGUUCUUCCACCUGAGAGCUACA